UUAAUAUUCAUAUAAUUUAAAAAUCAUUAAAUACCAACCCACUGUCGUACAACUAAUCUAUUGAAUUAUAGUAUUAAAACAUACUUAUCUAAUUCAAGAUAUUUUAAAAGUUUUUUUCUUUCCUUAAACAUUUGUUGUUAUAUUUGGUCAACAUAGUGACUGCCAUUAAAAAGGUUAUCAAAUACUCAGAACUGCGUGACCCUUUUGUGAUGCACUCAGAUAUCUAUACUACAUAGAUAUUAUAGUAUAGUAUAGUAUAGAUAUUUAUGGGUAUACAUUGAUGUGUUGAUAAUAUUAAGAAAAUGUGUUCAAUAUUUGGUUUGAGCAUGUCAUGGAAAACAAUUUCAUUAUGUUUGUGUAUUUAUGGAAUUUUAAAAGAGUUCCGUCCAUCCGAAUCAUACGUGAUUCCUUAUUUACAAGGUCCACGAAUGAAUUUCACUGAAGAACAAAUUAACAAUAAAAUACUUCCUAUUGGUGUUUAUGCUUCAAUGAUAUCUAUGAUAUUUGUUUCAUUAACAACCGAUUGGCUUCGGUAUAAAAUUGUUAUUGUAAUUCAAGCAUUAUGCGGUGUAUGUAUUUAUGCUUUACUAUCUUUAUUAACAAGUUUUACAUCUGUUGUUAUUGUUGAAAUUUUAUAUGGUAUUUUUGUAGCUACUGAGGUUGCAUACUACACAUAUAUUUAUUCUGUUGUGGAUGUAAAAUAUUAUCAGCAGGUUACAAGUCAUACUAGAACUGCCCAUCUUAUAGGGCGUUUUUUUUCAGGAAUAAUUUCUCAGGUGUUGAUUUCAACAGACAUAGUUGAUUCAUACCAAUUAAAUUUUAUAACAUUAGGAAGUCUAGGAACCGCAACAAUUUGGUCUUUAGUAUUACCACCAGUAAAAGAGAUUGAGUCAGAAGCUUAUCAACAAAAAGUGGUAGAAAUGGAAAUACAACAAAUGAAUCCAAUUAAAACAAAAACUCAAACAAUUAAUGAAAUGGAAACAGAAACUAAAUUAGUAGAAGAUAACGAAGGACAAGUUGAAAAUCCUAUAGAAGAUAACAAGAUGUCAUGGAAAUAUGUCAAGUCUAUGUGCAAUGAGUAUAAUAAUUCAUAUAUUUUGAAAUGGUCAUUUUGGGUGAUAACAGCAACUUGUUGUUUUAACCAAGUAUCAUUUUAUAUUCAAUCAUUGUGGGAGUCAUUGAGUCAUGAUAAAUGUCUUCAUGCUGACUGUAAAAAAACUUCAGAAUGGAAUGGAGCUGUUGAUGCUUUAUAUACUAUUAUAAGUGCAUAUGUUACAUAUGAAUGUGGUUCAAUCAAACUAAAUAUGGAUAAAUAUUGUAAUUUACUUAUCAUGGUUGCAUCUUUUCUUCAAUGUGCAACUCUUUAUUCAUCAAUUAUAUACAAUUCAAUUUAUAUAUCCUAUAUAAAUUAUAUAAUUUAUAAUACAAUUUAUCAAGCAGUGAUGACCAUUGCCAGUUCAGAAAUAGCCAGAUGUGUUAGUAAAGAUAAACAUGGAUUUGUAUUUGGUAUCAACAAUUUAUUAGCUGCAGUUUUACAAUCAUUUGCUACUUUUUUCAUGAGUAGUUUAUCGUCAUCUAAAAUUUUGAUGUUUUAUACCGAUUUCGAGGAUAAUAGUUCCAGCGGUAAUGGUCAAAAUGUUUCUGUCAAAUUGUAUGAGUCGGAGUGGAAAUAUUUAUUUAAUAUUGAUGAUAUUGAUGAGUUGCGUGAUAUUGCAAUUAAAGGUGAAUUGCGAACAUCUAGAUUUCGGAGUAUAUGCUGGCGACUUCUGCUGGGACUAUUACCAUCAGAUUCAUCUGAAUGGUUAAUAACAAUUGAAAAAUUUCGAUCUACAUAUGAACAAACCAAAUUGAUACAUUACAAUGAUCCUCAUACACAGGAUUCAGGACCAGACAAUCCUUUAUCACUAGAUGAUGAUAGUAUUUGGAAACAGUAUUUCAAAGAUAUGGAAUUGAAGAAAAUUAUCCAACAAGACGUGAUUCGAACAUCUCCUGGAGUUGAGUUUUUUAGAACAGAAAAAAUUCAAAAAAUAAUGGUUGAUUUAUUGUUUUGUUAUUCAAGGGAACAUCCAGAUUUAAGUUAUAGACAGGGUAUGCAUGAAAUUCUUGCUCCAUUAUUAUUUGUUCUACAUUGUGACCAUCAGGCAUUACUUCAUGUUUUAGAGCAGUCAUCUUCUGAUGUUAGCGAUUUAAUAAAAAAAAUUCUUGAACCUGCAUAUCUGGAAGCAGAUGCUUAUUCACUGUUUAAUACUAUUAUGGAAAUAAUGAAAGAUUAUUAUAAUAUUAAUGAUUUUGUAACAUCGACACCAAAAGAAUCUGAGACAGUAAAGACUACUAGUUUGACAUCUGAAAGUGAAGUUGUUAGAAAACUUUCCAAAAUACGUAAUACAAUGUUAACUAGACAUGAUCCAGAAUUACACGAGCAUUUAUUAGCUUUAGAUAUUUCAUUUACAACUUUUGGAGUUCGUUGGUUGAGAUUACUGUUUGGAGGAGAAUUUUCAUUGAUGGAUUUAUUAGUAUUAUGGGAUACUAUUUUUGCCAAAUCACCUGAAAAUUUUGCAAUAGUUAAUGAUAUUUUUGUUGCCAUGUUGGUUCUUUUACGAGCUCAAUUACUUAAGAAUGAUAAUACUAAUUGUUUACAUUAUUUAAUGAGAUAUCCACACGUUGAUGUGAUGACCGUUAUUGAAUAUGCAUUGCAUAUGUCUGAUCCUAAGAAACAUUUGUUACCAUCUGUGAUUAAUUCUCUGAAAAUUGAUAAAAGUGAAAACAUUAAAACUAAUAUUACAGAUGACCAGUCAGAACGACCAAAUAAAUUUGUCAACACUUAUUCAACAAGACAUAUUCAUAGUUCAUCAGAUGAUUUGCUUGAGUUGUGUAGAGUUAAGUUAUUGCAGUAUCAUUCCAUUUUAAAUCCAAUUGUCCCUAAUCAUAAUAAAGAAGCAAGACAAGCUUUAAGUGGGAUUUUAGAGUUAUGUGGUAUGCUUAAUUUGCGGCCUGGCAUCAUUGAAAUGGGCAAAGAUAUUGUACGAAGUACAACUGUGAUUCAAGCACCUCUUACACCUGAAACACCAGAUAGUGGACCAAUUUUACCUCCUCCUGCUUCUGCUAUCACUAUGAAAGUAUUUCGAAAAAUAGAAAGUUCAACUGAUUCGCAAAUACAAGGAGCACCUACCAAAAAUCCAUUAAAACAAAUGAAACGAUAAAUAAAAUGUUAUGCAUAUGCUUAAUUUUUUUGUGAUUUGAAUUUUCUGUGAUUUAAUAUUUUACAUUCUUAUAUAAUAAUAAGCUCUAAGUUUAUAGUUAUUAGUUUUAAUUUAUCCAUUGUAUACUUGGUUGUUAUUAUACAACAGAGUUUUGUUAAGUAUGUGUUUAUGCAUUUUUUUUCAAGUUUUUAUUUAAUAAUAAUAAAUAUUUGAAAAUAAAGGCUUAAAU